ACUAACUUGCCGGAGGAGAGAAAUUCUUUCUCGCAAGUUACACGCUAACGUGUUUCUAUGAUUUUCUAUAAUUAAACUCAAUUAAGUGCAAAUAGGUAUAGAUUUUAAUCUUUCCUUGUGGCAUUCGUCGUGUCAUCUAACUAAGACCAGGGUUUAUAGUAAUCAGAAUGCCUCCAAAGAAAGUUGAGGAACCUGAGAAAAAGCCUUUAAUUGGAAGAGUGGGUACCAACUUGAAAGUUGGUAUUGUUGGUGUGCCCAAUGUGGGAAAGUCAACAUUUUUCAAUGUCCUCACCAAAAGUCAAGCGGCGGCUGAGAACUUCCCAUUCUGCACCAUUGAUCCUAAUGAAAGUAGGGUGCCAGUGCCAGAUGAGCGUUUCGAUUACCUCUGUGAAUUUCACAAACCAGCCAGUAAAGUGCCAGCGUUUUUGAACGUCGUGGACAUUGCUGGUCUCGUCCGUGGAGCAGCUGAAGGUCAAGGGCUUGGGAACGCCUUCUUAUCACACAUUAAGGCAUGUGAUGCAAUCUUCAAUCUGUGCCGUGCCUUCGAUGAUGAGGACGUAAUUCACGUGGACGGUGAAGUAAAUCCAAUCAGAGAUUUGGAAACAAUUGGAGAAGAGCUUCGAUUGAAGGAUGAAGAGCAACUAAUGCAAAACUUUGAGAAACUCGACAGAGUUGUCAAUCGAGGCGGGGAUAAGAAACUAAAGCCCGAAUAUGAUGCGCUGACAAGAAUCAAAGCCAUACUAGUUGAUGAAAAGAAACACAUUCGUUUCGGAGAUUGGAGUGCAGCUGAUAUAGAAGUACUCAACAAAUACCUCUUCCUGACAUCGAAGCCCGCUCUCUACCUUGUCAAUUUGUCAGAAAAGGAUUACAUCCGAAAGAAGAACAAAUGGUUGCCCAAAUUAAAAGAAUGGAUUGAUAAAAACGACCCUGGUGCGCCGCUUAUACCCUUCUCCGGAACACUGGAAAUGAAACUGCUCGAGAUGGAGCCGGCAGAGAGACAAGCUUUCUUGAAAGAAAACAAUCUUACCAGUGCAUUGGACAAGAUCAUCGUUCAAGGUUACAAAGCUCUGCAGUUGGAGUACUUCUUCACUGCAGGACCUGAUGAAGUUAAAGCGUGGACAAUUCAGAAAGGCACCAAAGCUCCUCAAGCCGCUGGUAGGAUUCACACAGACUUCGAAAAAGGUUUCAUUAUGGCUGAGGUGAUGCAUUUCAAAGACUUCAAGGAGGAGGGCACUGAGGCUGCUUGUAAAGCGGCCGGCAAAUACAGGCAACAAGGUCGAAACUACGUAGUUGAAGAUGGUGACAUAAUUUUCUUUAAGUUCAACGCUGGCGCUGGUCUAAAGGAUGCGAAGAAAAAAUGACGUGACAAGGUACUGCUGUUAUUGGUACAUCUUCUGUACCUAAACCUCGUCUUGUACACACUGCUCCACGUCGCAUAAGAGUACUCUAAGGAUUUUCUACCAACCAUAUUUAUAACCACAUAAUAAAUUAUGUAUCUGACUAAAUAAAGCUUGUUAAUGUUUGUCAAAUUAAAUUUAUUUGGAA